AUGAGACCAGCUACAGCAAAUCCAGUCUCCCAGACUUUUCAGCAUAUAAAAACUCGGAGUUUUACCCCAAAUUUUUCAUUUUUUUCCACAUCAAGAAAGCAUGCUCGUAAUGCUUCACAACUAGACAGUUAUAUAGCCCCUUUAGCAGGUGUUAGAAAUUCUCAAUUCCCUCCAAAAGAAGGUGAAAAAAGAGAAAUUGGUGAGCAUCUUGGAGCGCUUAAAAAAAGAUUGAAUUCUUAUAAAGAGGAUUUUGAAAAAACUGAUAAAAAAUUAUUCUGUUUGAAAUAAAAUAAAAUUAAAAUAAACUAAAAAAAUAAAAUAAAAAUAUUAUUUUAAUGAGAAUAGAAGCUUUAAACUUACAAUUUUCUCAAUAUAACGCAAUUGAAGAAAGCUGCUUAGCCAGAAUUUCUCGACAAGAAGGAAAAAUUAAGAGUUUAACAGAAAAAACUGAGGAAACCAAAAACUUGCAAAUUAAUGAGGAUUUCAAUAGACAAGUAAAUCUACAUAUUUUAGAAAGAAUGAGGCAGACAAAAAUUCAUUUAGACUUCCAAAAGCAGUCCUUACUCGAACAGUUGAAAUUGAAAAAUUAUUAUUUAAAAGAUGAGAAGAGAAAACAGUUAGUCAGCAGAGAUGGAAUGUAUAAAGGAAUUGUAGCCUAUAAAAAUCUGCGGCAAAAUGUUUCUGAUGAGCAAAAAGCUCAUAAUAUGCAGCUAGAAAUAGUAGAAAAGGACUAUAAAUUUACUAUUGGAGCUAAUGAUAGAAGAGAGGAUAGAAAACAUAGACAAGAAGAAAUUUCAGAAGCAGCCGCAAAUGAAGAUAGAGAUAUGAGGUACAAUAAAAUGAGGGAAGCUUUAUUGCUGAAUAAAACCUGAUACAAACACUUAGGGAAUACUUUAAAAGUCCAAACAGAAAGGUCUAAAUCAAUAGAAGAAGCUUUUCAAAAAAUCAGAGCUGUGACUGGGCUUUAUGAUAUUCAAGAAGUUGUGCAAAGAUUUUUAACAAGAGAACAAUCAUAUGCACAGCUAUCCAGCAUGGUCACAGAAAGCAAAGCUAUAUGUGAUAACUAUAAAAAGAAAAAUACAGAAUUAGUAAAAAUUAUUCAUGAGUUUAAACUUGCAGAUCAGGCUAAUAAAAAGGUGAAUAAAGAAAAUUUGAAAAAUCAAAUCGCAAAAUGUAGCGAAAAUCUUGGAAAAGAAAAAGAAAAAUUUUUUCGUUUGACGGAAACCAGGACGAAUACGUUGUUAUGGGGGAGAAAAAUGCUAGGGAAAUUUAAUAAAAAUUAUAAGGAUGAAGGCAGUGAUAAUGUCAAAGAAGUUAUGAUAAGUUUAGCAAAAGAGGUUAAAUUGGCUGUAAGUAAGGCCAAAGAAUUAAAUUUGCCAUUAAAUAUAGUGAUUAGAUUAAAGCUAGAAUGGGUCUUUUGGGGUUAUUUCAGCCCUCUCCGCCUUGCUGAGAUCAGACUCUAUGUCUACCAUCAUCAGUUUGCGACCACCUUUUUCUGUUGACGUCACCGAAAAAAUGUUGCAUCGCCAUCUCUAGUGGUGUCCCGACCAGGGAGAAAAAAACGACCCUGGACACAAAGUUUCCAGUCCCUUUUGCAUAGAAAAAAAAACCUGAGGGCAUGGGGAGAAGGGCGGGUGGGACAAUUUUAUUUGUGUUAAAUAUAGUGAAAAAAGAAAGCUUUACUGAAAUCCAAGGGAUUUUUAAAGGUUUUUCACAAGCUCAAAAAGAAAAAAUGCUAAGAGUUGACCCUAAAGAAAUCAUUAAAAAAGAAGCAUCAAUUGAAGAUUUAUCUCCAGCAGUAUUUACAGCUGAAAUCACAGAAGAGCCUUCAGACAAAAAAUAUAAAAUCAAUCCUUACGCUCCAGAAAAAGAAAUUAAUAGCUCAUUUAGACGCGUUAAAUAUGACAAACAUAAGUAA